AGGUAUAGUUACUUAAGAGAGUGAACCCGACAUAUUAGUCCACUACCACACUACUUCACUCCCACAAUCCCACUAUUUUCCUCCAUUUUUAUUCCCCUAUAAGUACUCCCAUUCCAUCCAAACUCACCCAACUCCCAACAUUCUUCUUUCUCUCUUUCUCUCUCCUCCUAUUUUAUUUACAAAAAAUCAAAAUAAAAUAAAAAUGAAAGAACAAGAACAUACCAAGCUUAUCACCUCCUUCUUCGUCCUCCACUUAUUACUACUUCUCUUAUCCUCCUUUGUACAACCGUCGGAGGCUCGCGGACCCUCCGGCGAAAACCCGUUUACGCCAAAAGCGUAUGCGAUCCGAUACUGGAAUAACAAGAUCUAUAAGGUCCCUCGACCCGGAUUCCUCAUCAAUAAAGCUUCACCACUUUCCGCUUCGGACUCAGCCCGAUUCGCUAAACUCGCCUCCGCUAACUCACUCUACACUCACCUUGACUCGUUCUGCAAACUCGCUAAUCUCCUCUGUUUCCCUGACCCUAAAAUUUCUCUCUCCUCUAAACACUCCCCCGACGGGAAAUUCGCCGCCUACUCUGAUACCAACUUCACCAACUAUGCCAGCGGCGCCGCCGGUGGUCUUAACUCGUUUAAAAACUACUCUGGGGAUGAGAACGAGCCGCUUGACACUUUCCGGAGGUACAGCCGUGACUCAGCGGGUCACUCAGACGAUUUCACCACCUACGCCAAAGACGGAAACGUAGUUUCUCAAACGUUCAACACCUACGCCGCCGGAGCUACAGGCGGCCAUGGAAAAUUCACCAGCUACGCCGACAAUGUUAAUGUCCCGGGCCUCCAGUUCACCUCGUAUUCAGACGAGGCGAACGGCCGGGACGGUUCGUUUGCUUCGUACUCGGGCGACGCGAAUGCGGGAGACCAAGGGUUUGCUAACUACGGAAAGAACGGCAAUGGAUUGACGAACAGCUUCGGGAGCUACGGCAAGGACUCAAACGUUGUGGGGUCCACUUUCUCCGGGUAUUCCGAGACCGGUAACAGUGGAAACGACAACUUCACCUCGUACGGGUUCAACGGCAAUGUACCGCAAAAUAAGUUCAACAGUUACGCCGACGGCGGAAAUGCCGGCGUUGAGACUUUCUCCAGUUACAGAGACCAGUCAAAUGUCGGCGAUGACGUUUUCAAAUCGUAUGCAAAGAAAUCCAAUAUUGAGACGGUUAAGUUCAGUAAUUAUGCAGCGAGUUUUAACGAAGGAUCUGAUAAUUUUACCGGUUACGGCGACGGCGCAAAAGGGCAGGAAGUUGGUUUCAGUUCUUAUGGGCAAGGUAGUGAUUUCAAAGGGUAUGCUAAAAAUGGGGUCAAUUUUGCUGAUUAUAAGAAUACUAGUAGUAGUGGUAGUUUGGUGAGUGCUUCAAUGGUGAAGAAGGGUAAAUUCGUAAAUAAAUGGGUUGAACCAGGGAAGUUUUUCAGAGAGGAAAUGUUGAAAGAAGGGACUGUUAUGCCAAUGCCGGAUGUAAAAGAUAAGAUGCCACCUCGGUCAUUCUUGCCGAGAUCAAUUUUGUCGAAAAUACCCUUUUCGUCUUCGAAAAUUACUCAAAUGAAGGAGAUUUUCCAUGGGUUUGAGAACUCUACAAUGGAGGGGAUGCUAAACGCUGCGUUGGGUGAGUGUGAACGGGCUCCGGCUGCGGGUGAGAAUAAGAAGUGUGUUGGUUCGGUUGAGGAUAUGAUCGAUUUUGCGGUUUCGGUUUUGGGUCAAUCCGUGGAGGCUCGGACAAUGGAGAGUAUAAACGGGUCGAAAACGGAUAUUUUGAUUGGGAAAGUUAGAGGGAUUAAUGGUGGGAAGGUCACGAAAUCUGUUUCUUGUCAUCAAAGUUUGUACCCGUAUUUGUUGUAUUACUGUCAUUCGGUUCCAAAGGUCCGUGUUUACGAAGCGGAUAUCUUGAACCCGAAUACCAAGGCUAAGAUCAACCACGGCGUUGCCAUAUGUCACUUGGAUACCUCGUCAUGGAGCCCAACCCACGGAGCAUUUCAAGCACUCGGUUCGGGUCCGGGUAAGAUUGAGGUUUGCCAUUGGAUAUUUGAGAAUGAUUUGACUUGGGCUAUUGCUGACUAAAAAAACUUGAAAAAAACAUCUGGGGCAAGUAUUCCCAUUGAGAUUGGGUUCUUCACUUAAGAACUAUUUUUGGGAAUGGGUCAAUAUUUAAAAAAAAAAUCACAUUUUUAAUUUUUUUAAAAUAGUUGUUGGCUUUGCAAAGGCCGAGCCACAUAAUGUUCCAAGCCAAAAAUUGUAAUUUGUUGUUUCUAAAUGUUGGUUACUAGCUUGUCAUUGUUCUUAGAAUAUGGGUAAAUUUUUACUAUAUAGGUGGAAAAUAAAUUGAUAUAUAAUUAUAUUA